GAGAAAGGCUGUGCUUCUCUGGUAUCAGCUCUGAAGUCAAACCCCACACACCUGAGAGAGCUGGAUCUGAGUAACAAUGAUCUGAAGGAUUCAGGAGUGAAGCUGCUCUCUGCUGGACUGGGGAAUCACCAAUGUAAACUGGAGAUUCUGAGGCUGUCAGGCUGUCUAGUCACAGAGGAAGGCUGUGCUUCUCUGGUCUCAGCUCUGAAGUCAAACCCCUCACACCUGAGAGAGCUGGACCUGAGCUACAAUCACCCAGGAGACUCAGGAGUCAUACUGCUCUCUGCUGGACUGGAGGAUCCACACUGGAGACUGGAGAAACUCAAUGUGGAAUAUGGUGGAGAGUACACAAUGAAACCUGGGCUUAGAAAAUAUGCCUGUGAUCUCACACUGGACCCAAACACAGCACACAAACACCUCUCUCUGUCUGAGGAAAACACAAAGGUGACAUGGAGGAUAGAGAAGCAGCUGUAUCCUGAUCACCCAGAGAGAUUUGACUACUGGAGCCAGGUGCUGUGUAGAGAGGGUCUGACUGGGCGCUGUUACUGGGAGGUAGAGUGGAGUGGGAGAGAAGCUAAUUUAGGAGUGACAUAUAAAGGAAUCAACAGGAGAGGAAGGGUUAAGGACUGUGGGCUUGGAUCCAAUGACAAGUCCUGGAGUCUGUUCUGCUCUGACAACAGUUACUCUGCCUGUCACAAUAAUAAUCCCACUACCAUAGACGUCCCCUCCUCCAGCUCCCACAAAGUAGGAGUGUAUCUGGACUGGCCAGCCGGCACUCUGUCCUUCUACAGAGUCUCCUCUGACACACUGACCCACCUGCACACUUUCCACACCACAUUCACCGAGCCCCUCUAUGCAGGGUUUAAUGUUUGGGAUGACUCUUCAGUGUCCCUGUGUCAAACACAACAUGAUGUUUCACUCUAACCAUGUGUUUUAUGUUUGAUCAGAAUAUGAUGUUUAAAUACGUGGAAUAACACAUCAGUUUGGACCAGUUUCUUCCUGUAAAUAAUAACCAUGGUAACUUUGUGUCUGUCUCUUUCCGUGAUCCUGAACCCUGGGAGAACGGUUCAGAG